AUGAAGCUCCACGUCGCUCUCGGCACUGUCUGCCUUGCAAUGGGCACCCUCGUAACUGCCGAUAGCGUCUUUUCCCCGGGUUGCACUCAAAUCCCUGUGGACGAAGGCACAGCGUUCGGCUGUUGGAGUACCUGCAGUCCGGACAAUGACGGCAGUGGCAACGGGAAGCGAAAUCAAGGUAGCACAACUUGGCGCGAGGGCAACCCGUGGUGUUACUUGAAGAAGCCCAACGGCCCUGUGGUAAGCUGCAGUUCCAAAAGCGAGUGCGAUGACUCGACUUUGGAAUGCUUGAACAAAGAAGACAACAGCAAGCAUGGAGGAUGUGGGUAG